AUGUCGGUAGUCUCGCUGCUCGGCGUCAAGGUGCUGAACAACCCUGCGCCGUUCAACGCGCCGUACAAGUUUGAGAUCACCUUCGAAUGCCUGGAGCAGUUGCGAGAAGAUCUAGAAUGGAAACUCACCUACGUCGGCUCGGCCACGUCUGCAGAACACGACCAAGAGCUCGACUCGCUGCUUGUCGGGCCUAUCCCCAUUGGUGUCAACAAGUUCAUCUUUGAAGCCGAUCCUCCCAACACUCAGCGCCUGCCUUCGUCUGAAAUCCUCGGCGUGACCGUCAUCCUUCUGACCUGCUCCUACGAUGGAAGAGAAUUCGUCCGCGUCGGAUACUACGUCAACAAUGAGUACGACGAUGAGAUCUUGAAUGCCGACCCGCCUGCCAAGCCCGUCAUUGAGAAGAUUCGACGCAACGUACUCGCUGAGAAGCCCCGAGUCACCAGGUUCGCCAUCAAGUGGGACUCGGAAGAAUCAGCACCAGCCGAAUAUCCUCCUGAUCAACCGGAAGCGGACACCCUUGACGACGAUGGCGCAGCGUACGGAGCAGAGGAAGCCGAGAUGCAAGCCGCACUCGAGAAAGAACUCGAAGAGACCGAAGCCAAGAUGGUCAAGGGCACCAACGACGCUGAAGACAAGGAAAUGACAGAUGGUAACAAAGUCAAGGACGAAGACGAAGUCAGCGAGGCCGGUAGUGAGGAUCUCGAGCAAGAAAGCAGUGAUGAAGAUGACGAUGAUGAGGAAGGUGAAGACGAAGAAGCUGCCGAGGGAGAGGACACUGAGAUGGCGGACGGUGACGAGAAGCCUACUGCUUCUACUGGCACUGCCACCGCGACUGCUGAGGCGAACGGCGAGAAGAAAGGUGGAGAGUCCAAGCCGGAAGUCAUGGUCCACUAG